UUUGAUGUUGCCGUGGAAGAUAGAGAGUAAUUGGUGGGUGGGAGUGGGAGUGGCCGUUAGGCCAAAGUUGCAAUAUUCCAGUUCCCUCCUAUUUCAGUGCCUAUUUAAACGCCUAAUUCUCCACUCUUUCUUUUCGCCACGCAAAUUAAAUUUCUCUAAUUUUUCUUUCUCUGUUUUUCCAUGACUAUUGAUCUAGUGAACGAACAAUCCCGAUGAAGCUGAAACAUGAAGAACCACCCAUCAAAUAUCAAUUCCAAAUGUCGAAGGAACAAUCCAAUACAAGCUUUUUUGGCCUCUCCUUCUCCUUCAUGCUCUCGCUGUGGUGCCUCCUCUUCUUCUACGUUAAGCUUCGCCUCGUUCAUGGCACUGGAGCUAUGUUUGAGUUUAAUGAAUCAGAUAAUUCCAACAGUCAUAGUCAGAAACUUUCAAUACCCUCAUACUCACUUCCUGAAACAAGUAGUUUGGCAGAAGUGUUUCGGCAAGUUUUAGGUAAUAGUAAUAAUUUGGUGUGCAAACUACAACCUCCACAAGAGGGAAAGAAACUUGAACGAUCGCAACUUCCUCAUGGGAAACUUCACCCCAAUAAUGAUGAAUUUCCAAACAUGACAAAACAUGAAAUAACCGAGGGCAUGAACUCUGCGCUUGUCAAUGUCAACAUCACUCACCGGCUUGAACCUGAUGGUUCAGUGUACAACUAUGCCUCUGAGUCCAAAGGUGCAAAGGUUGUGGCUCAGAAUAAAGAGGCCAAAGGGGCAAAAAAUAUACUCGGGAAGGAUCAUGAUAAGUACCUGAGAAACCCUUGUUCUGUUGGCGGAAAGUUUGUUGUUAUUGAGCUUUCAGAAGAGACUCUGGUUGAUUCUGUGAAAAUUGCUAACUUUGAACAUUAUUCUUCUAACUUCAAGGAAUUUGAAUUAGCUGGUAGUUUAAGCUACCCAACUGAAACAUGGAGCAUGCUGGGAAACUUUAUUGCUGCCAAUGUCAAGCAUGCACAGAUCUUUAAGCUGCCUGAACCCAAGUGGGUCAGGUAUUUAAAAUUGAGCUUGCUUAGUCAUUAUGGAUCUGAGUUUUAUUGCACACUGAGUGUUGUAGAAGUUUAUGGGAUCAAUGCUAUAGAGCGGAUGCUCAAGGAUCUUAUAGUUGCUUCUGUGGGAUCCGUUUCUGAGAUGUUGCCAACGCAUAAUGUCAGCGACGUCCCUCCUUUGAAGUCAGAAGCUGGCCAAAUUGACAGAAACGGAAAAGAAGAUGAUGGCAAGAACAAUAAUGUGGCUGCUGAGAUACCAAGCAAUGAUGACACUCAAAAGUUAGAUGCAGAAGUGGCAAAAAAUCCUGCGAUUGUGAACUUGAUUCCCGAUCCUGUAAUAGAACUUAGACAACAGCUGAAUGGUAGGAUAGCUGGUGACACUGUUCUGAAGAUUUUGAUGCAGAAAGUGAGGUCAGUUGAGGUAAACUUAUCUGCCUUGGAGGAUUACAUCAAAGAAUUGAACAGGAGACAAGGGGUUAAAAUACCGGAUCUUGAGAAAGAGUUGUCCAGAUUAUCAGAAAGCCUUGGACAAAGCAAGUCAGAGAUCAAAGAUCUCUGGCAGUGGAACACAAAUAUGGAAAAAGAGAUGUCUGAGGUUGAGUCCUGGAAGGAUGCUGUCUCAUCUCAACUUAAUGAAUUAGCCAAAGAAAACAGCAUGCUAAGAUCAGAUGUUGCAAAGGUUGCAAGUAAUCAAGCUAAUCUGGAAACCAAAGAGCUUACUGUGUUAGCAACCAGUCUGGUUUUUGUAUGCCUCGCAGUUGUCAAGAUAAUUUCAGUACACAUGACGUUUUCUGCAUCAUACAAUGCCGAUAAGGUGCGCCAGACAAUUAGAGGAUGGGUUACAUUAUUCGCAUGCUGUAGUGUAACAAUAUUCAUUAUCUUGUUCUUUAGCUAGGCACUCACUUGUGUUGUACAAUGUUGGUUCUUUGUAUAAAGCAUAAACUUGUUCUAUAGCUACUGUUUAAAUUUGUGGCGUAGUCAAAACAUUUCUUGUUACUAUAUUGCAAGAUACACUAAAGAAGGGAUUCCAGAUAAUGGCUUCACUUCCAUAGUUUGCAAUUAUGCAGGAAAAUGCUGGUGCUGAACUCCUUUUUCAGUGCCUAUUAGGUAAUUGCUUGUUGGUAGGGUGAUAACAAUUUUGUGCACGGGGGGAAGUCUUUUGGUGAAUCUGUUUUAUGGAAAAGAAAUUCUC